AUGUCGACCACAGCAGCUGCCGACAACCACGUCACCGCGUCUCCCGCUGCUAAAGUCAAAGGCGCGGGAGAAGCCUCGUCCACCGCCGGCGCCGCCAAUGCCAGAUGGGUCAAAUUCAGCAGCCCAAAGCCCAGCCCAAAGCUCCAGUCUUCUUCUCGCUUUGCACGCAUCAACGGCAUUUCCAACGGCAACGCCAACGGCCAUGCGAACGGCGAUGCUGAUGGCACCGCCACGCCUCCCGCGGCCAGCAGAAUCUUUUACCCCUUGUUCCCAGGCAUCGUCUCCGCUCUUGACGAGAGUCCCUGGGCAUCCGGUUACAACACCCCUAUCAUCGGUAGUGCCAUCCACAACGUAGCAGAACGUACCGAGGAGGCGCUCCAAAAACUCGCCUCCAAUCAACGGAAAGGAGGAAUCCUCGAAAAGGUCGCCAACAAAACCAUCGACUUUGCAGACUACAUCGAGCGCGUGCUGCAGUGGCACCUCUUCAGCCGUUUCAACGCCAUCGGCGGUAUCGACAACAUGUGGCUGCUCAUCGACGGUAUCAGCUCCUUCAACCCGGUAUGCACCGCAACGUACACCUUCAAGCAACCGCCAAAGCUGGACGACCUCAAGGAGGCGGUAGUAAAGCAGACGGCCCAUUUCCCCAAAUACAAGCAGAGGUUGGCCGAUGUCGGAAGGUUCUUCCACGGAACUGUGUUUAUCGACGAUGAAAACUUCGAUGUCAACCACCACAUCCAGUCGUACACCCUACCGGGGAAAGCGGGCAAGGAGGAGAUGGAAGCUUUCGCCUCGGAAUUCAUCGCAAGAGACUGGGAUUACUCCAGACCGCUAUGGGAGACAGUCGUGCUGGAGAACUACGUCGACGAACAGAGCGGUGCCAAGGGCGCUCUCGUGAUUCGUGGUCAUCACACGCUGGCUGACGGUCAAGGGUUCAUCAUGAGCCAGCUUUUCAUCACCUCGUUGGGACCCAAGCUGGAGAGCAUGAUGGACGAAGGCGCCAAGCUGUUGAGCGACGCCAAGCAGGGCAAGGCGUUGCCGAGCAGGAUGAACAAGAAGCUGGCGGGGUUGGACCGGUUCCACGGGACGAUCGCGUUGCAGUUGGUGAUGAUGGCGUUGUACUGGAUCAGCUGGUUCGUCGGCUUCGUGACAGAUCUGUUGGGAUGCGUGACAUUGGCGGUUUCGACGAGCUUCUUCUUUGUCACUACGAGCUGGCGUCAGAGGUACGUGACGGCGAGUUACGAGGGCGAGAGGAAGUCGGAGAAGGAGUUUAGCGUGUCGAGGUCGUUCACGCUGGCGGACGUCAAGCUGGUGUCGAAGGCGUUUUCGGGUGUCGCACCGGGGACGUUACUGGAUAAGGUUCAGGGAGGCAAGCGAUACUCUCGUCCUUUGUUCGGUACGCAUCUGACAGUCAACGAUAUCAUCUGUACCGUUAUCGCCGACGUCAUCAACGACGAGUUGGAUCGUCAACCUCUGCAACCCGGUCUGCUCAACAAACUCCGACACUACUCGCACAAGAUCUUACCCUCACCUAUCGGAAUCAUGAUCCCCAUCUCGAUCCGCGAACCCGGCGACUGGUCCCUCCGCAAUCUUUCUACUGGAGGCAUCGCCUACCUGCCCACCACCAAAGGUCUCUCCACCGAACCUGCGACGCUCCACCGUCGACUGCACACCACGCACUCGCGUCUCAACAUUCUCAAAAACUCGCUCCUCCCCAAAAUCUUCUUCCACGCCAUCCAGCUCACAGGUCAGAUCCCCGCCAUCUUCCCCAUCCCCUUUGGACUGCUACCCAAGCACCGCUGGAACGUGCUUCGAUGGCCGACGGUGUGGGUCACCGAGCGCAUCCUGACGUGCUUCACGGCGGUCGUGACCAACGUACCGUGUCCGUCGAAGCAGCGGAUCGAGUUGGCGGGGCAGGAGGUGGUAAGGUGGACGGCUUUGCCACCGCAGGCGGGCAAGGGAACGUUGGGAAUCGGCAUCUGUUCGUAUGGUGGGGAUUUCAGUAUCUCCAUCUCGGCGGAUAGGGUGGAGGGCAGCGAGGGGGUGGCGGCGAGGUUGACGGGGAGCUUCGAGAGGAGGUGGGAGGAGUACGUGGAGACGAGCAGGAAGUUGAUUAAGGACACGGGGUCGGAGAGGAAGGAGAAGAGGGAGAAGAGGGCAGCGAGGGCGGAGGGAGACAAGGAGGGCAAGCCGAAGAGGAGGAGAUCCAGCGCCAGUGCGAGUUCCGCCGAAUCAGCAGAGACCGCUUCCAGCAAGGAGACGAUCACGAAUGCCAACGCGCAAGGGUAG